AUGGUCGCGCGCGUCUGGCUGCAGCCGUUCGUGGACGCGCAGAACGGGCGGCGGGAGACGCUGUGCGUCGUCUACCUCGAGCACAACAACCUCUCCGGCGCCGUGAGCCUCCAGAUCCGCGCGCCCGGGUCCGAGGUCGUCGUCGACGGCGGCGUGGGCCGCGUCGUCGUCGGCAAGAGCGCGACGAUUCCGUUCAGCGUCGCCGCGUGCGUGGGCCGCGUGUCGAUCCUGCCCAAGGCGACGGGCUUCGACUACCUGCUCAACUGGGCGGGCAACGGCGUCGCCGAGGUGCAGCAGCGCACCAUCGAGUCCCUCGAGCCGCUCAUGCCGCGGGACGUGACCGUCGAGGUCGGGCCCUCGGUCGAGUGCCACAGCGGCAAGUCGUUCUACAAGCUCGUCGUCUCGGCGAACGGCGAGACGCGCGAGCCAGCGUCCUGCAUCCGCGACGAUUUUCGAGGGAUUUUGACCGGAAAAACGAUAAACGUCGUUACCGAUGCACGUGGUAGGCGCGAGCUCACGAAGCGGUUCAGCGAGUUCCAGGACUGCUACGAGCGCGUCAAGGACGCCUACGCCGGCUCCCACCUCCGGAGCAACGUCCCCGCGCCGCCGAAGAAGUGCCUCAACCCGUUCCAGAACCAGCUCGACCCGGACUUCGUCGAAAACCGCCGCGUCGAGCUCAACGACUUCGCCAAGAAGAUGGUCGUCCUGCCCCGCGUCCUCGUGAACCCGGCCCUCCUCGACUUCCUCGGCCUCGCGCUCCAGCCCAUCUAA